CGAGAACUGCGCUCCGUAUUGAUUUCAUGCUCGCACAACCCACUCAGGAACAAGACCCCAGUAUCGCAAACUCGCAACGAUGUCGGGUCAAGCUGAAUCAUCGUCUGCGGCGGCAAGAAAAGUUCUUAAUGCUGCUAACAGUGGUGCAUCGCCGGAUUACGAACUGCCAUGGGUAGAAAAAUACAGACCUGUCUAUCUCGACGACGUUGUCGGCAAUACGGAAAUCAUCGAGCGACUCAAGAUCAUCGCAAAAGAUGGAAACAUGCCACACGUCAUCAUAUCUGGCAUGCCUGGAAUCGGGAAGACCACAUCCAUCUUGUGUCUUGCGCGUACUCUCCUGGGCGACGCGUACAAAGAGGCCGUGCUGGAGUUGAACGCGAGCGAUGAAAGAGGCAUUGACGUUGUACGAAAUAGAAUCAAAGGAUUCGCGCAAAAGAAGGUGACGUUGCCUCCCGGGCGGCACAAACUGGUCAUUCUGGACGAAGCGGACAGCAUGACGCCCGGGGCACAACAGGCUCUGCGAAGAACCAUGGAGAUAUAUUCAAACACCACUCGCUUUGCAUUUGCCUGCAACCAAUCGAACAAGAUCAUUGAACCCCUGCAGUCGAGAUGUGCAAUCCUGCGGUUUUCUCGCCUGACGGACGCGCAAGUGGUGAAGCGCUUGAUGCAAAUCAUCGAGGCUGAAAAGGUGGAAUACUCCGAGGACGGCCUGGCGGCUCUUGUAUUCAGCGCAGAAGGAGACAUGCGACAGGCGAUUAAUAACUUGCAGAGUACGUGGGCAGGAUUCGGGUUCGUCAGCGGGGACAACGUGUUCCGUGUCGUCGACAGCCCGCAUCCAGUCAAGGUACAGGCCAUGAUCAAGGCAUGCUGGGAGGGCAAGAUCGACAACGCAGUUGACUCGUUGAAGGAAUUAUGGGAUCUGGGAUACUCCUCACACGACAUCAUAAGCACUAUGUUCCGAGUAACGAAAACCAUCCCCACCCUUUCGGAACACUCCAAGCUCGAAUUCAUCAAAGAAAUUGGAUUCACUCACAUGCGCAUUCUCGAGGGAGUCCAAUCUUUCCUGCAACUGAGCGGGUGUUUGGCGAAAUUGUGCAAGAUCAACAUGAAGCCGGAACUGUUUGAGGCUCCAGCAUGAAGGAAGAGCAAUUAAUCAACGGGCCGCAGAGGCCGCGGCGUGCCGACAAGAGCGUCCCAGAUUCCAUCUAGGCGCUUUCGGACUCAGGGUGGGCGGGGACCAACGAGACGAGUGAGAAUAGGAGCAUCGCUUGGCAGGCCUGUGCCGAGCCUCUCAAGGCUCCGAAUCCGCCAAUCUUCGCUCAAGUGCUGCGGCGUUCAGCGCUGGAACGGGCAGCCCACAGAAGAACUCGCCGGGUACUCGGAUGUCGGGGCCCAGCCCCCGACUGUCCGAUCUGAAGCAGGAGGCAGUCAAUGCUCCCUCCCCUCGCAUGGUCUCCACGUCAUCACCCACUGAUUUGUCCCCUUCGAGGAAAGCCGUACGUCAAUCAAUCCGUUGCUCUAUGGUUCAUUUGAUUGCUAUGGGCUACGAUGCUGAGGAAUAGUUCGGGGAGGUUGCAGUAGGACGGGCAGCAUGACGCGUCAGACCUAUUGGCACGUCAGUCGGGCAGACAGUCGCUUGAAGCUGAACAAUGCCCAGAGUCGACGGACAAAAUCAUACGAGGUCCAAUGCCCCUUCGCUUGGAUGGAAUUCAUAGAUGCAGCCUUUUGAGGCCCCAGGGCAGUGAUAGCGGCGAGGCCCUGCUGGUUUUGAGGCUGAGGUGCAGAUGAAGGACCACAGACUUGAGAUUUCCCCAGGUCCGCAAAAAUAGACACGAAUCAAGGCGAUCGUUGAAAGCCGGACAUUGAGGAUUGAGUUUAGCCCCGAUUGGGCGUCACGGGGGCGUUGAACCUGGCCCCGACGGAGUGAUGGGCACUGAUGGGCAG